UAGCAUACACUCAUACGUUCACACUUCACGCAGUAAACAGAGAUUUUAUCGUGAGGAAAAGUAGUGAAUAAAUGGUUAAAAGCGCAUAAAACCAGCCAAUAAAAGUGUUUGGAUGAACCAACAACAAGUGCGCUCUUAGCAAUUACCACAGGCGACCCAAAUUACGACGAACGUUUUCUAAUUACGCAUUCCAAGCAUGGACGAUGCGAACAUACAGGAGAAGGACCGGUUCGCCAGCCGCGAGAAUCACUGCGAGAUCGAGCGUCGUCGUCGUAACAAGAUGACGGCCUACAUCACGGAACUCUCGGACAUGGUGCCCACAUGCAGCGCCCUGGCUCGAAAACCGGACAAGCUGACAAUCCUCCGCAUGGCGGUGGCUCACAUGAAGGCUCUGCGUGGCACCGGAAACACCAGCAGCGAUGGCACCUACAAACCCUCCUUCCUGACUGAUCAGGAGCUAAAGCACCUCAUCCUUGAGGCGGCCGACGGGUUCUUAUUCGUGGUGUCCUGUGAUUCAGGAAGGGUCAUCUAUGUUUCCGAUUCCGUGACCCCCGUGCUGAACUACACCCAGAGCGAUUGGUACGGCACCAGUCUGUACGAGCACAUUCAUCCAGACGAUCGCGAGAAGAUCCGCGAGCAGCUAUCCACGCAGGAGUCGCAGAAUGCAGGACGCAUCCUGGACCUCAAGUCGGGCACUGUCAAAAAGGAGGGCCACCAGUCUAGCAUGCGGUUGAGCAUGGGAGCCCGUCGUGGGUUCAUCUGUCGCAUGCGCGUGGGCAAUGUGAACCCAGAGUCCAUGGUCUCCGGACAUUUGAAUCGCCUUAAGCAGAGAAAUUCACUGGGCCCAUCUAGGGAUGGCACCAACUACGCCGUAGUCCACUGCACGGGCUACAUCAAGAACUGGCCGCCCACCGACAUGUUCCCCAACAUGCACAUGGAGCGCGAUGUGGACGACAUGAGCUCACACUGCUGCCUGGUGGCCAUCGGUCGGCUGCAAGUCACCUCUACGGCGGCCAACGACAUGAGUGGCUCAAAUAAUCAGAGUGAGUUUAUCACACGCCACGCCAUGGACGGCAAGUUCACAUUUGUGGAUCAGCGAGUCUUGAACAUUUUGGGCUACACGCCCACUGAGCUGCUAGGCAAGAUCUGCUAUGAUUUCUUUCAUCCCGAGGACCAGAGCCACAUGAAAGAAAGCUUCGAUCAGGUUCUCAAGCAGAAAGGGCAAAUGUUCUCGCUUUUGUAUAGAGCCAGGGCCAAGAAUUCGGAGUAUGUCUGGCUGCGAACGCAGGCAUAUGCCUUUCUGAAUCCCUACACCGACGAAGUUGAGUACAUUGUGUGUACCAAUAGCUCAGGGAAGACCAUGCAUGGUGCACCUUUGGAUGCAGCAGCUGCCCAUACGCCCGAACAAGUGCAGCAACAGCAGCAGCAGCAGGAACAGCAUGUAUAUGUACAGGCUGCGCCGGGAGUGGAGUAUGCCCGCAGGGAACUGACCCCAGUGGGCAGUGCCACCAACGAUGGAAUGUACCAGACGCACAUGCUCGCCAUGCAGGCCCCUACGCCCCAACAGCAGCAGCAGCAACAACAACGGCCUGGAUCGGCGCAAACCACACCAGUGGGCUACACCUAUGACACCACACAUUCGCCGUACAGCGCUGGAGGACCCUCGCCGCUGGCCAAAAUUCCCAAGUCGGGAGCCUCGCCCACACCGGUGGCACCCAACUCCUGGGCAGCCCUGCGUCCACAGCAGCAACAACAGCAGCAGCCCGUAACCGAAGGCUAUCAGUACCAGCAGACGAGUCCGGCCAGGUCGCCGAGUGGUCCAACCUACACUCAACUGAGUGCCGGAAACGGCAAUCGCCAGCAACCGCAGCCGGGAACAUAUCAGGCGGCUCCUCCACCACCGCCACCUAAUGCGCCCGGAAUGUGGGAUUGGCAGCAAGGCGGAGGACACCCACAUCCGCCGCACCCAACGGCACAUCCGCACCAUCCACACGCCCAUCCCGGAGGACCAGGCGGAGCAGGACAGCCGCAGGGUCAGGAGUUCUCGGAUAUGCUGCAGAUGCUCGACCACAGUGCGCCGACAACGUUCGAGGACCUGAACAUCAACAUGUUCAGUACGCCGUUUGAGUAAUCCCUUGUCCCUCUCGAUUCCCAUUUACCGCCCCCUCUUAUUCUGUGUCUCUCUUAACCACUUCUCAAGUGCAAUCCAUCUUAACAUUGUUGAAAUAAUUCAGCCAAACGCAUGCAAAUUGUAAUCUCGUAAAUAGCAUUUUAAGUACAUAGCGGUAGUCACGUACACGACUUUGAUAUCUUAAUUUUUGUGUGCUACGUCUUCUUCACCUCCAUUUCCAUUUCCAUUCGCCUGCCCUGCCUCCACUUAACCAGCUCAUUGGCCGUGCAAAAGUAUUUACAAUAAAACCUUUUGUUAUUUACGAAAGGGAAUAUAUACAUCGCUAUAUAGCCUAUGAAUUCUAAACUUUCUCAUCGAUUCUAUAGAUUUUAAGAUCAUUUGUGACACGCUUUAUGGAGAGUGUUCUCUUGUAUUUGUCAUCAAGCAUUUCAAAGUUCAUGCAACUUAUACAUAUAUAAAUAUACAAUUCGUAGUCUAAUAUAAAAGAAAUUGAUAUAUGUAAGCAACACAAGUGCACCACUUUUACCGCGCGAACAACCAAUAGCAUUGACACCGUUUCCCAUUAAUUUUUGCUCAUUUUCCGCCAAUGCUAUCAAAAGUAUAUGAGUAAUAUACAUAUGCAUACUAUACAUACACACAAAUUUGCUUCAUGUGCAGCUUUUCUUUCUGUUUUUAUUGCAAUUCAUGCAGCAACAAGGAAAACUUUUAAGCUCAAUACAGUGGUGCUCAAAAUUAAUUCGCACACACAAAAUAAAACCAUUUGAUUACGAAGAGUUCAAACAUUAAAUUAGUUAAUUAAGCUUACCUAAAAAAACCAAUUUAAACAAAAUAUUUAACCGCUAAGCCCCAAUUUUUGUAAUCACGCGACAACAACGAUGAUAUUGCUUAGAAAUUUGGAUAUUGAAAAAGAGUAUUUCGGUUUUUAAUGAGAAUAAACUUAAUGUACUACAA